CAAGGAAAGGGGGCGGGCCGGGCCGCGCGAGACCGUUUGCUUGGGGGCUUGACCUCUCCGCUCUAAUAUGGGUCCGGGUUACCAACUGUCGGAGUUUGGAGUUGGGUCGCCUGGAAUUCUUCCCUCUUAACACUUUUUCUUGAACCCUAGGUAUUUCUUUUCUAAGAAGCCUAAAGGAAAUCCUGAGGCUUCGGCCGUCAUCCUUUGUUCUUUAGCACAUUCCUUCCCAAGAGCGCACAAGAGACCUGGUUAGGGUGCUUGUUCUUCGCAGGUCGGGGCGGGAAGACUCCAUUUCCCAGGAGGCACCGCAAACAAACGCCCAGACUCUGCUUCCCAGAGUUCCUCGGGUUUCGGCCCCGCUAGACGGUCUCCCUUCCGGGGUUGGAGACUUCGGGGCCAAGAUGGCGGCAGGAACGGGUAAACACAAGCUGCUGAGUACUGGCCCCACAGAGCCAUGGUCUAUCCGAGAGAAGCUGUGUUUAGCAUCUUCUGUCAUGAGGAGUGGAGAUCAAAAUUGGGUAUCAGUUAGCAGAGCAAUCAAGCCCUUUGCAGAACCUGGCCGCCCUCCAGAUUGGUUCUCUCAAAAACAUUGUGCUUCUCAGUACUCGGAGCUUCUAGAGACCACUGAGACCCCAAAACGGAAAAGAGGUGAAAAGGGAGAAGUGGUAGAAACUGUUGAAGAUGUCAUUGUUCGGAAACUGACUGCUGAACGAGUUGAGGAACUAAAGAAAGUGAUAAAGGAAACCCAGGAAAAAUAUAGACGGCUGAAAAGAGAUGCAGAACUAAUUCAAGCUGGGCACAUGGACAGCAGACUGGAUGAGCUUUGCAAUGACAUUGCGAUGAAAAAAAAAUUGGAGGAAGAGGAGGCUGAAGUAAAGAGGAAGGCUACAGAUGCUGCAUAUCAGGCUCGUCAAGCAGUAAAAACACCCCCUCGGAGGUUACCCACUGUGAUGGUCCGCUCUCCUAUAGAUUCUGCCUCCCCAGGAGGUGAUUAUCCACUUGGGGACUUGACUGCAACCACUAUGGAAGAGACGACCUCUGGGGUAACCCCUGGGACUUUGCCGAGUACCCCAGUCACCUCGUUUCCUGGGAUUCCUGACACCCUUCCUCCAGGCUCUGCACCCUUAGAAGCCCCCAUGACCCCAGUAACAGAUGAUUCACCCCAGAAAAAGAUGCUUGGACAGAAAGCAACUCCACCCCCCUCCCCUCUGCUGUCAGAGCUCUUGAAGAAGGGCAGCCUCCUGCCUACUAGCCCCAGACUGGUCAAUGAGAAUGAAAUGGCUGUGGCUUCUGGCCACCUGAACAAUACAGGUGUCCUCCUGGAGGUAGGCGGGGUCCUUCCCAUGAUACAUGGUGGGGAGAUGCAGCAAACAGCCAACACUGUUGCAGCCUCCCCUGCUGCCUCAGGUGCUCCCACUCUUUCCCGGCUUUUAGAAGCUGGUCCUACACAGUUCACCACACCUCUUGCUUCCUUCACUACUGUUGCCAGUGAACCUCCAGUUAAACUUGUGCCACCUCCUGUAGAGUCUGUGUCCCAGGCUACCAUUGUCAUGAUGCCUGCGCUGCCAGCACCAUCCUCUACUCCGGCUGUCUCCACUCCUGAGAGUAUAGCUCCAGUGAGUCAGCCUGACACCUGUGUUCCCAUGGAGGCUGUGGGGGAUCCACAUACUGUGACUGUUUCCAUGGAUAGCAAUGAAAUCUCCAUGAUCAUCAAUUCUAUCAAAGAAGAAUGUUUCCGAUCAGGGGUAGCAGAGGACCCUGGAGGAUCAAAGGCUCCCAGCAUAGAUGGGAAGGAAGAUUUAGAUCUGGCUGAGAAGAUGGAUAUUGCUGUGUCUUAUACAGGUGAAGAGCUGGACUUUGAAACUGUUGGAGACAUCAUUGCCAUCAUUGAAGACAAGGUAGAUGAUCAUCCUGAAGUGCUGGAUGUGGCAGCAGUGGAAGCAGCACUUUCAUUCUGUGAAGAGAAUGAUGAUCCCCAGUCCCUGCCUGGACCCUGGGAGCACCCUAUCCAGCAGGAGCGGGACAAGCCAAUGCCUCUCCCUGCACCAGAGAUGACGGUCAAGCAAGAGAGGCUGGACUUUGAGGACACAGAAAACAAAGGAAUUCAUGAACUGGUGGACAUCAGGGAGCCCAGUGUUGAGAUCAAAAUGGAACCUGCAGAACCAGAGCAAGGGAUUUCAGGGGCUGAAAUAGUAGCAGGAGUUGUUCCAGCCACAAGUAUGGAGCCACCGGAACUCAGGAGUCAGGACUUAGACGAGGAACCCAGAAGUACUGCAACUGGAGAGAUUGCUGAAGCAGAUGUUUCCAGUGGGAAAGGCGAUGAGACUCCACUUACAGCUGUAAAGACAGAGGCAUCCCCUGAAAGCAUGUUGUCUCCAUCACAUGGCUCAAAUCCCAUUGAGGAUCCUUUAGAGGCAGAGACUCAGCACAAGUUUGAAAUGUCAGACUCAUUGAAAGAAGAAUCAGGGACUAUUUUUGGAAGCCAGAUAAAGGAUGCCCCAGGUGAGGAUGAGGAGGAAGAUGGAGUCAGUGAAGUGGCCAGCCUAGAGGAGCCUAAGGAAGAAGAUCAAGGAGAAGGCUAUUUGUCAGAAAUGGAUAAUGAACCCCCUGUGAGCGAGAGUGAUGAUGGCUUUAGCAUACACAAUGCUACGCUGCAAUCCCACACACUGGCAGACUCCAUCCCCAGCAGCCCUGCUUCUUCGCAGUUUUCUGUCUGUAGUGAGGAUCAAGAAGCUAUUCAGGCACAGAAAAUCUGGAAGAAAGCCAUCAUGCUUGUAUGGAGAGCUGCAGCUAAUCAUAGGUAUGCCAAUGUCUUCCUGCAGCCUGUUACAGAUGAUAUAGCACCUGGCUACCACAGCAUUGUACAGAGGCCUAUGGAUUUGUCAACUAUUAAGAAAAACAUUGAAAAUGGACUGAUCCGUAGCACAGCUGAAUUUCAGCGUGACAUUAUGCUGAUGUUCCAGAAUGCUGUAAUGUAUAAUAGCUCAGACCAUGAUGUCUAUCACAUGGCAGUAGAAAUGCAGCGAGACGUCUUAGAGCAGAUCCAGCAAUUCCUGGCCACACAGUUGAUUAUGCAAACAUCUGAGUCUGGGAUCAGUGCUAAAAGUCUUCGAGGGAGAGAUUCUACCCGCAAACAGGAUGCUUCAGAGAAGGACAGUGUCCCCAUGGGCUCUCCUGCCUUCCUUCUCUCUCUCUUUAUGGGACAUGAGUGGGUUUGGUUGGAUUCUGAACAAGACUAUUCGAAUGACUCUGAGUUGAGCAACGACUGCAGGUCCCUCUUCAGCUCAUGGGACUCCAGUCUGGAUCUUGAUGUGGGCAGUUGGAGGGAAACUGAGGAGCCAGGUGCUGAGGAACUAGAAGAAAGCAGCCCAGAGAGAGAACCUAGUGAGCUGCUUUUGGGGGAUGGAGGCAGUGAAGAAUCUCAGGAAGAGGCAGAGCAAGUCAGCUGCCAGAACCUCCUCCACUUUCUCUCUGAGGUAGCCUAUUUAAUGGAGCCAUUAUGCAUUAGUAGCAAAGAAUCAAGUGAAGGCUGCUGCCCUCCAUCUGGUACCAGACAAGAGGGAAGGGAAAUUGAAGCCGCUGAAGGAGAAGGGGAGCCCUUCAGAGAGCCUGAAGAGCUUUCAGCCAAGGUAGACCCCUUGGUAGUUGAAAAGAGGUCACUGGGAGAAAAUAGAAGCCUGGAGGUGGCUCCAGCUCCUUCAGAUAUUUGUGCAGUUCAGGGACUACCCACAGAGAGUGAAGAGGGGGAGGUUCAGCAAGAAUCCAAAGAGGAGGACCUGGGUGAAGGGUAUGUGUCAGAGAUGGAAGACCAGCCCUCUGCAGGUGAGUGUGAUGAUGGCUUCAGCAUUCCGGAGACUCCUCUGGUGGAUAUCCUUUUCAGUCGUGCUACCUCCUCAAAGCUGUCUGAUCUAGGCCAGAGUGACCCUGUUCAGGAUCAUUUGCUAUUUAAGAAGACUCUCCUGCCAGUCUGGAAGAUGAUUGCCAGUCACAGGUUCAGCAGUCCAUUUCUGAAGCCUGUGUCAGAAAGGCAGGCCCCAGGAUACAAGGAUGUGGUGAAAAGACCCAUGGACUUGACUAGCCUGAAAAGGAAUCUGUCUAAGGGACGGAUUCGCACCAUGGCUCAGUUCCAGAGGGACCUGAUGCUGAUGUUCCAAAAUGCUGUGAUGUACAAUGACUCUGAUCAUCAUGUAUACCAUAUGGCUGUGGAGAUGCAGCGAGAAGUCUUGGAGCAGAUUCAGGUGCUGAGUAUUUGGUUAGACAAAAGAAGAGACUUAAAUAGUCUGGAGUGAGAAGCAGCCGACUUCAUGGAUGGUGGAAAACCUGUCUUGUUAACCUGGAGCCGCUACCCUGAACUUUUCUGGAAUUUGGACCUCUCAUUGAGACUCUGGCCCACAGAGGCUCCCACUACUUGUUUACCACUUCUCAGUUGUCUUUUCUAAUAAGAAUAAUGCCUUAACUCACAACCAAGGAGUCAAAGGUGCCUGUGGUCAUAAUAUAUAGAAAAUGGGGAGAGCUGAGCUUUGGGUUAUGCCAUAAAUGUUGUCCACAUCUUUGUUCCAUAGGCUUAAUUUAGAGGUAACUAGAUUAGACAUCUUAUUACUCCUCUAUAAAUAAAUGUUAUUUCACAAGUCAAA